UGGUCGCUGCGGUGGGGGUCGGACGCGUGUGUUUCGCUCCGGCAUCUAAGUGUAGAGGAGCCCUUACUACCCGGCUGGCGUGGCUCCCUGUGGCUCAGCGCGGCUCACCCUGCACGCCCGCCAGGCACAUGAAGGCCCGCACAGUAUGAUCCCGGAUGAGUGCGCGGCCGCAGCCAUGGACGCCGCCAGGGACGUGGACGUGGGCCUGGACGACGCGGGGAAGUCCAAGAAGACCCCCGACGACCAGGACAUCAACGACAACCACACCAAACCGACGCCACCCAGGGACGAGACGGACGACCCCGACGAUGCCGCCACCGACACGACCUCCAUGACCAACGGAGAGGCGGCCACCGGGGAGGAAAGUGAGGACAAACUGGAAAAUAGUGAGGAAAGUGACGUGAAGGAGGGGGAAGACGGGGCGGCUCAGGGGGACGCGCGUGAGAGCAAAGAAAACGAGGAGCGGGAUGAGGACGAGGAGGAGGAGGAGGAGGAGGAGGAGGACGGGGUGGUGGAAAGGGUGACUCAAGUGGAAGUGAUGAGUGAGGAGGAAAAGGACUCGAGUGAGGACGAUGAGGAUAAGUUAGUCAUCAGCGAGGGAGUGGAAAAGGCGCCUGAGGACUCAAACGAUGACAGCUUGAAAGGGGAUCCCCCAGCACCCCCUACCAUCACCCCCGCCCCCAGCCACCCCCCAGCGUCCCCCCGGCGGAGUGAGAAGCGGCCAGCGGAGGGUGAGGUGGGGGAGGGAGGUGAGGGGGGCCCGGACACCCCCUCCAAGCGGCCCCGCCCCCUGGAGGAGAUGGUGUGCCUGGAGGGGCUGACAUCGCUGCCCCAGGUGGAGGGGUCUCUCGCCCAGGUGAAGAGGGACUUGGAGGCGAUGGAGUUCCUGAUUAAGCAGAAGGAGGAGGAGUGGAAUACGCUACUUCGCCUUCAGAAGCGCAAGGAGGAGCUGUUCGUACGCCUUGCCAGAAGACGACAGACCCUUCUCAUGCGGCAGGGGGGUGAGGCAGGGGAGGAGGAGGCAGGGGCGGUGGGGGCUGAGGGGGAGGAGGAGGGCCGAAGCAACCUUCUCUUCCUGCCUCAAGGGGGGUACUCAUCCCUGGGCGGCCCUCAGCUUCCCCUUAUGAUGAUGUCGCAGCUUCUGAGUUCCUCGGUGUCUGCGCAGGCCCUCCAGCAAAUGGUUGGUCCGGCCGUCAUCCGUACGAGAGAGGGGAGCCCCGACAACACCUCAUCCGCCAACAACAACAACAUCAACAACAACAACAUCAGCAUCAUCGAUAUCCACACCAGCACCAACAAGCCUCAGGACAGGUCAAAGGUCACACUGACACAGGAGGCGCAGAACAAGCUGACCCGACAGUUGACCUCCGCUGGCUACACGUCCAUGAAACCAAUACUCCCCAAGCCGUCCGGAGUCGGGGUUGGGGGCCUUGGAGGUGGUGUCGGGGCGCUCGGGGCCAUGGCGGGGCUCCCCACCUCGCUGUCCUUCUCUGCGACGGGGCACGGACCUCAGGGGCCGACCGUGAAUGUCCAGCACCUUAUUGCCGCCCACCGCAAAGAAAACCCCAACACUCCGCCCAUCAGUUCCAAACACACCACCCCCAGGAGAGCCACACGCGGGGCAUGGCGGAACCGGUACGAUGGGGACAAGCGCCCGCCCCAUGCCCACUCGAGAGACCAGGAUCGCCCCCCCAGCGUGUCCAGCUCCAGCAGCGAGGCGGAGAGUCGCCCCACAGUGCCCCCUGGAGCCCCCGCCCAGGGACUUCCGGUGUCGGCAGCCUCCAAGGGGUCCCUAGCGCUGAGUGACCCAUCGGUAUCCUACAAAGAUGUCCUGUUACGCUUUGCCGAGCUGACGCAGAUUGAGAAGCAGCCGGGAUCUCCGCAGAUCUCCAUCUUCCCCGUGGCCAGCAGUGAGGGCGGGGGGGGCAAGAGGGGGGACCUGGGGGGGAGGGAGACGGCACCCCCCACCAUCCGCGCCCAGACCCCCCCUACCCACCACCCCUCCGCUGCCCCCCCCAAGGCAGGCAUGGAGGGGGCGCCGUCUGCCCUGGCCAAGCUGUUGUUGGAGUCCCGAGCGAGUGUGUCCGGGAGUGGGCUGGUGAAGGGGGGCGGGGGUGGCGGUGGAGGGGGUGUGGGGGGUGAGCCGUCCCCUAACUCCCACUACCUCACCCUUUCGGCCCUCCUCUCAGGCGGCUCAACCACCACCAUCAAGGAUAAGCUGUCGAUGGCGCAGUCCGAGGCGCGGGGCAAGAAGUCUGGCAGCAGCGGGGGCAGCCAGGCGGGGGAGGAGGGCGCUGGCAACCCGAAAUGCCAAGGAUGCCACAAACAGCGGGCGCAGUUUGUGUGUGCUGGCUGUGGCAACCAGUGGUACUGCUCCAGGGAGUGCCAGGUCUCAGCCUGGGAGGAACACUCGGAACACUGCAAUAACUAGGUGUUGCGUCCCUCUGAUGUGUGUUCCGACGGCAAGGCUACCAGACGAUCGCUCCCUUCCUCUGCGGCAGCCCAUAGGUACACACACACUCACACACACACACACACACACACACACACACACACACACACCCUCAUCCUACUUACCCAAUCACUUACAAAACAAACAAACAAACAAAUUAAAAAAUAAUGUCAAUAAGAAUAAUGGUAAUAAUAGUUGUAGAAGUAAUAGUAGAAAUAGUUUUAAUACAGAGAGAGAGAGAGAGAGAGAGAGAGAGCAAGGAGCCACGUUUUGUAUGUUUGUAAGUACGUGUGAGGUUUGGUAAAGUCCCCCCUCCCCCCCCCCCCACAUUUUUAAGGAGGUAAAUACUAAUAGAAAAUGGAAACUAC